UGCGGCCCGCCGCACGCGCAGUUUCAUAUCAUUAAAUCUAGAGGCAAUAUAUGCUAUUUCGUCACGAACCUGUUUGUCGAGGGUACCAAUCGCUAAACAAGUUUUGCGUGUCGCGACGAACGUUUAUUUCGCGUUCCAAAUUUGAACUCUAUGUCUGAGAAUUUGUCUGACUGAAAAGUGUCAUCUGUCAAUUGAAACUGUAUAUUUGGGCUUUUGUAUUUUGUAAUAUUAAUUAAAAUGGCUUGUUCGCAAUGUAUGAGCUCCGGAAACAAAGCUGUGAGAAUGAGGAAAGAAAAGGAUACGAUGGGGGAACUGGAUGUUCCUGACGACAAGUUGUACGGCGCACAGACCGUGCGAUCUAUUAUGAACUUCCCCAUUGGCGGUAUUGAAGAGCGUAUGCCUUAUCCAGUUAUUAUCGCGAUGGGAAUUUUGAAAAAGGCGGCCGCUAAAGUCAAUGUUGAAUAUGGAUUGGACAAAAAGCUUGCUGAUGCAAUAAUGCAGGCGUGUGAUGACGUAAUCUCUGGCAAGUUAUACCGUGAAGGACACUUUCCGCUUGUUAUCUGGCAAACUGGCUCUGGGACUCAGAGUAACAUGAACACCAAUGAGGUUAUCGCCAACCGUGCUAUUCAAAUCCUAGGAGGAAAACUGGGAAGCAAGGAUCCGGUACAUCCGAAUGACCAUGUGAACAAAUCGCAAAGCUCAAACGACACUUAUCCAACCGCGAUGCAUAUCGCCGUGGCUAUGGAGUUGAGAGACAGAUUGAUGCCUGGUUUAGUGGCUUUGAGAGACACCCUCGAUGGCAAAGCCAAGGAAUUCGAUAAGAUCAUCAAGAUUGGCAGAACCCACUUGAUGGAUGCAGUGCCUCUGACACUUGGACAAGAAUUCAGUGCGUACGUGACCCAAUUGACGUUCGGUAUUGAGCGUGUAUGCUCGACACUACCGCGCCUGCACUACUUGGCGUUGGGCGGUACCGCAGUGGGUACAGGACUCAAUACUAGGAUUGGCUUCGCUGAGAAGUGCGCCAAGGAGAUCUCUAAUCUUACAGGUAUUCCGUUCGAGUCCGCCCCAAACAAAUUCGAGGCGUUGGCGUCACACGAUGCAAUGGUCGAAGUUCACGGAGCGUUGAAUACAAUUGCCGUGUCAUUGAUGAAGAUUGUAAAUGACAUCCGUCUUCUAGCUUCGGGACCUAGGUGCGGUCUCGCUGAACUGCUUUUGCCAGAAAAUGAACCAGGGUCUUCCAUUAUGCCAGGCAAAGUCAACCCAACCCAGUGUGAGUCGUUGACGAUGAUCGCGGCUCAAGUGAUGGGCAACCACAUGGCGUGUACCAUCGGCGGAAGCAAUGGCCACUUCGAACUGAACGUCUUCAAGCCUAUGAUGGUCGCCAACGUCUUAAGGUCUAUACGACUCAUUGGUGAUGGAUGCCAGGCCUUCAACAAGAACUGUGCAGUGGGCAUCAAGGCCAACACUGCCCAAAUUGAAAAGAUCAUGAAGGAGUCGCUGAUGCUGGUCACCGCACUCAACCCACACAUUGGUUAUGAUAAGGCGGCCCUUAUAGCCAAGACGGCGCACAAAGAAGGUGGAACUCUCAAAGACACUGCCAUUAAACUAGGAAUCUUGACCGCUGAGCAGUUCGACCAGUGGGUCAAACCUGAAGACAUGCUGGGACCAAAAUAGAUCCCAAGCCCCAUGAACCUGUGUUGAAAUUUUUGUGUGAACUUGGCAUUUCAUUGGCAUGCAUAGGCAGAUAAUAGACUUAAAUAGGACUAUAUCAUAUGCAAUAUGCUUUUUAAACCGGAUAAAACCUGUCUAAUUGAUAUUGUUGUUGCCUAAUUUAUUAAAUACUAUCAGUAUUACUGUUUCUACUGGAAGUUUAAAACUAUUCUCAGGACUGGUUUUAUUCCGGUGAAAGCAUAUCGAUGUUAAUGGUCUAUAUUAUACAACAAACAGUACUUUUGUUUUAAUUUUUUUUCGUGGGUCUCAAACGUUGACCUUUUAGUACAAAUAAUGACCAAAUGUUCAUUAUUUCAUCGAUUAAAUAAAUAAUAUUAAUUAAAUUAAAUGUCAAAAUGUAUUAAGGCUACAUUUAAAAGCUAUUUAAAUGAAGGAUUUUAAGUAUCUAUGCAAAAUGUCAUAGACAAAUUAUAGAACUAACCUCAGUUCUAUUAAUAAAUAACAAAUACAUUACUAAUUUACAUCAUUUAAGAUCAAAUUGAUUAAAUAAAAUAAAAAAAAAUUACUCAUUUAAUUAAAUAAAUAAAAAAUCCACUCAAUAGGGUACGACAGUAGAAGCAUGAAAAUUAAGGGUUAUUAAAAAAUUUGCCAAAACUUAAUUUACUUUCCAAAAAUCCAUAAAAGUUGGUCAAGCUGUUUCGGAUUACCACUGUGACCAGAGAAUUCUGCUAUAUACUAUCAGUUUUUCAGCCCAGGUUCUUAAUGAAUAUCCCAUAAUUUAAUGGAAAGACAUUUUAUAAAGAAAAAACAUCUGUUUAAACCACAACAAAUUUUGUCUCUGAAUCUAAAAAGCUUAAAUUCUGGCUUUCAAAAAUUUAUACAAACUAUGAUCAAAUGAGAAUUAAUAUGCAUAUCUCGACAGUAUUGAA